GAUACGCAGUUUGGGAGCGUGCAGGACACCUUUGCACCCUACAGCAAGUUCCGCCUCGUCAGGCUGUCGUGGAAUCGCGGCGUGCUGACUCAGAUGCUGACGGAGGAGCAGGGCGAGUGGGCCGCACGGCUCCGAGCCACGGGGUUGCGCCCACCGUAUGCUCUCGGCUGUAUUCUGCGCUUCCUGCUCAAACCUAAUGCGGAGGUCCGGCAGCUGCUGAGUGGCUUGGAAAGGGAGCUGCAUGCACCUGGGUCGGUGGCCAUUGGCGUUCACAUCAGGUUCACUGAUGGCACCGUGUGGGAAGGGGAGGGGGAGGACGGCCCUAAGCAGCUGAGCGAGGGGGAGGUUGAGAGGCUCAAACAGGUGGCUCGGCCCCUGCUGCAAUGUGCUCAGUCACUGGAGGACUGGUGGUUCGCCCCUCCUCUCGAGGUGCGGUGGCUCAUCAUCACAAACUCACUGCACUUCAAGCUCGCCAUGCACCAUGAGUACCAAAAUAAGGUCGUCUCGACCCCUUUCACUCCUCGCCAUUCCAACAAGCUUAGCGACAAUGCCAUUAGCACAAACGCCACGCUAGAGGUGGUAGCUGCUGAUAUUACGGCAUAUCAGGAGCUCGUUGCUGAUUGGCUGCUGCUGUCGACGUGCCACUCGUUUGUUGUCCCUCGAUCAGGAUAUUCGCGAACUGCAGCGUUCUUCUCGCUAAGACCCAAUAGUGUUUUUAGUGUUGAGACAGGCUUUUGUGACCCAGAGGGGCCUGUAAAUAUGUUUAAUUUAGCGCACUCUUGGAGCGGACUGUAGAUAUGUACACUUCAAGUCUCUUCGAAUCUU